AGCCGCGCAGCCGUCCGCGCGCAGGCGCAGCCUCCCGCGGGGGGGAGGGGGGGGCUCGGGGCGUUGCCUUACGGCGCCCGGCAGCGUGCGCGGCCUCCCCGUGCUGCGGAGGGAGGAAACAUUAAUAUUAGGAAAUGGCAGAAGCAGUUUUCCGUCCCCCAAGAAGGAAAAGAAGAGUGUAUGAGUCGUAUGAAUCCCCCUUUCCCGUGGAUGUAGGUGGGAAGGAUUUCACAAUAUGCCAGGCUGAAAUUAUGAACAACAAUGUUAUUGUGAGGAACCCCGAGGAUAUUGAACGGCUCUAUAACAAGGGCUAUUUUGGAAAAGGUAUUCUUUCGAGAAGUCGACCAGUGUACAGCAUUUCCAAUCCUUUCCUGGUUUCCAAAUGGCAAGGUGCUAACAUAAACAUGCCUAUAAUUACAUCAAAAAAGUACCAGUGUCGUGUUCAGUGGGCUAAAAGUAUUUUGCAAGAGCAAGGACUUGAUGACUGCUCCAUUACUGAAAUUCUUGACAAUUACACUAAGCCUCUGGACUUGCCACUUCUGGAAAAGGAGGGAGCUGAGCAAACUGGUGAUAGUUGCAACAGCACGGGCCCAAACACAGAAAACACAGAGCUUUCCAGACAUUCUUCUGCAGACACUGGAAGUGUAGCAGCUCUAAGUCCUGAGUGCCAUAAUGAGGGCCGCCAGAAGGCCUGUUUGGAAGGAGGUCCAGUUUCGGAUCCUGUGGCUGCAUUUGGCCCUCAAGAACAGAAGCCCGCUGACUUGAAAGAGACAGCUGAAGUGUCUUGCCAGAAGCAUGUUUUUAGUGUGCACUGCGACUGCAAGGCUAAGGAGAGCACGGAACAAAAAUCUUGUGAGAUGGUCAAGUCAAGAGAAUGUGCUCCAGAAUAUGUAUUGGUGCAAGAGGAAGAGGAAUCAGGCUUAUGUCCUGAAAGUGACUCUGCUCGUGAGCAAGAAAAUCUUGUCAAGAAGGAAAAACUGGUAUGUAGAAGAAAUCCAUUUAGGAUUUUUGAAUAUUUACAACUCAGCUUGGAAGAGGCUUUUUUCUUGGUGUAUGCUCUGGGAUGUUUAACUAUUUAUUAUGGUGAGGAGCCCUUAACAAUUUUGAAGCUAUGGGAAUUUUUCAGUGAAGUGAAGCCCAGUUUUAAAACUACUUACAUGGCAUAUCAUUACUUCCGCAGUAAGGGUUGGGUCCCCAAAGUUGGACUGAAGUAUGGAACCGAUCUCUUGCUAUAUCGAAAAGGACCCCCCUUCUAUCAUGCAAGUUACUCUGUCAUUGCUGAAUUAGUGGAUGACACUUUUGAAGGUUCUCUUCGCAGACCAUUCAGCUGGAAUUCCUUGUCUGGCUUGAACAGGACAACUGUUAAUGCUUCUAAGGAACUUAUGUUAUGUUACUUGAUUAGACCAUCUGAUAUGACUGAAAAAGAGAUGUCCACACCAGAAUGUUUGAAAAGAAUUAAGGUUCAGGAACUGAUUGUAACUCGUUGGGUGUCUUCUCGUGAGCGUAGUGAGCAAGAUGACCUUUAACUGAAUGUAUGAGAACUUUUUUUUAAUACAUUGUCAUUUUUUACCCUGAUCUCACAAUGAACCAUUGCCUCGGAACAGUCUCUGUCAACAUUCAGUUGGUAUGUAAAAAUGUUGUCUAAAAUUGAGGCAUAUCCCGAUUAGUGGAGAGAAUGUUGUAUUGAAAAAUACUAUGACUGAACUGUAAUAAUGCAUAUGAAGGGGAGGAAUUAAAGCUGUGUCCCAAGUCAAACUACUAUGCUGUUUCCUUGUAAUUUAUAAAUUGUAAAUUGUUUAUAAAAUGUAUUAUUUUGAACAGUGACUAGACUGUAGUGAUUAGUAAUCAUAUUUUUAAUACUCUGACAGAUUCAGGCCUUAGUGCUGAAUAGGCAGUAUGGCUUGCACAGCCACUGAAGUCCAAAACACAAAUCUCUGGCUGAAAGCCUAAGCAAUGAGGAAUCAAAUGGUUUUCUGAUAAUAUCUCACAGAUUCUUCAAAGUUGAACUGGGGAGUUGUAAGGCUCGCUUAGUUCUGUGGUUCACACAGGCAUGGUUUUCUUAAGAAAAAAAAAAAACUAAGCUUGAAAG